AUGGAUCCGCUGGCGGGCGCCGUUUGCCGCCUGCUCUGCCCCGCGCUACUGCUGCUGCUGCUGCCGUUGCUCCUGCUGCUGCCGCCACUUGCGGACGCCGGGCUCGCAGCCGACGCCGCCGACCCCCCGGGCGGACCCUUGGGGCAUGGAGCCGAGCGCAUCCUGGCGGUGCCGGUGCGCACUGACUCCCAGGGCCGCUUGGUGUCCCACGUGGUGUCGGCAGCUACAGCCGGGGUUCGGACCCGCAGGGCUGCACCGGUUUGGAACCCGGGCUUCCUUGGAGAUAGCGAGGAAGACCCUGGUGGCCGCCUCUUCUACAAUGUCACCGUCUUCGGCAGAGAUCUGCAUCUGCGAUUGCGGCCCAACGCCCGUCUCGUGGCACCUGGAGCCACAGUGGAGUGGCAGGGCGAGUCUGGAGUCACCCGCGUGGAGCCCCUCCUUGGAACCUGCCAAUACGUCGGGGAUGUGGUGGGUUUGGCUACAGAUUCCUCUGUGGCUCUCAGCAACUGUGAUGGACUGGCUGGCCUGAUCCGGAUGGAAGAGGAGGAGUUCUUCAUUGAGCCCCUGGAGAAAGGGCUGGCAGCACAGGAGGGUGAGCAGGGCCGUGUGCACGUGCUGUAUCGACGUCCACCCACCCCAGGGUCCCUUCCUCCUGGGAUACCACAGAGCCUGGACACAGGGGUCUCCUCAGGUAGCCUGGACAGCCUCAGUCGGGCCUUGGGCGUGCUGGAAGAACGAGUCAACAGCUCUAGGCGGAGGGCACGCAGACACGCUACUGAUGACGACUACAACAUUGAAGUUCUGCUGGGUGUGGACGACUCUGUGGUCCAAUUCCAUGGGAAGGAGCAUGUGCAGAAAUACUUGCUUACGCUCAUGAACAUUGUCAACGAGAUCUAUCACGAUGAGUCCUUGGGAGCGCAUAUCAACGUCGUCCUUGUUCGGAUCAUCCUGCUAAGUCACUCGAAGUCCAUGAGUCUCAUCGAGAUUGGGAACCCAUCCCAGAGCCUAGAGAAUGUCUGCCGCUGGGCUUACCUCCAGCAGAAACCAGACACAGACCACGAUGAAUACCACGACCACGCCAUCUUCCUCACCCGACAGGACUUCGGGCCUUCAGGCAUGCAAGGCUACGCUCCUGUUACUGGAAUGUGCCACCCGGUUCGCAGCUGCACCCUGAACCAUGAAGACGGUUUCUCCUCCGCAUUUGUGGUAGCCCAUGAGACUGGCCAUGUGCUUGGCAUGGAGCACGAUGGGCAAGGUAACCGCUGUGGUGACGAGGUGAGGCUGGGCAGCAUCAUGGCGCCCCUGGUGCAGGCCGCUUUCCACCGCUUCCAUUGGUCUCGAUGCAGCCAGCAGGAGUUGAACCGCUACCUCCAUUCCUACGACUGCCUGCGAGAUGACCCUUUCGCCCAUGACUGGCCAGCAUUGCCGCAGCUCCCGGGUCUGCACUAUUCCAUGAAUGAGCAGUGCCGCUUCGACUUCGGUCUAGGUUACAUGAUGUGCACGGCGUUCCGAACCUUCGACCCCUGUAAGCAGCUGUGGUGCAGCCACCCUGACAACCCCUACUUUUGUAAGACCAAGAAGGGUCCCCCACUGGAUGGAACCAUGUGUGCACCUGGCAAGCACUGCUUUAAAGGACACUGUAUCUGGCUGACACCUGACAUCCUCAAACGGGACGGAAACUGGGGUGCUUGGAGUCCAUUUGGCUCCUGUUCCCGCACCUGUGGCACAGGUGUGAAGUUCAGGACCCGCCAGUGUGACAACCCACACCCAGCCAAUGGGGGCCGCACCUGCUCAGGCCUUGCCUACAAUUUCCAGCUCUGCAAUCCUCAGGACUGCCCUGACAUGCAAGCCGACUUCCGAGAGGAGCAGUGCCGCCAGUGGGACCUGUACUUCAAGCAUGGCGAUUCUCAGCAUCAUUGGCUGCCCCACGAGCACCGGGACGCCAAAGAGCGCUGCCACCUACACUGCGAGUCCAAGGAGACUGGGGAGGUGGUGUCCAUGAAGCGCAUGGUGCACGACGGGACACGCUGCUCCUACAAGGAUGCCUUCAGUCUCUGUGUGCGCGGGGACUGCAAGAAGGUGGGUUGUGAUGGGGUGAUCGGCUCCAGCAAGCAGGAGGACAAAUGCGGCGUAUGUGGAGGAGACAACAGUCACUGCAAAGUGGUCAAGGGAACAUUUACGCGCUCGCCCAAGAAACAUGGUGGCUACAUCAAGAUGUUCGAGAUCCCAACAGGAGCCAGACAUCUGCUCAUCCAGGAGGUGGACACCACCAGCCAUCAUUUGGCUGUCAAGAACCUGGAGACGGGCAAGUUCAUUUUAAAUGAAGAGAAUGAUGUGGCUCCUAACUCCAAGUCCUUCAUUGCCAUGGGUGUGGAGUGGGAAUACCGUGACGAAGACGGACGGGAGACCCUACAGACCAUAGGCCCCCUCCACGGCACCAUUACUGUCCUGGUUACCCCUCAGGGAGACACCCGGAUCUCACUGACCUACAAAUACAUGAUCCAUGAGGACUCCCUCAACGUCGACGACAACAAUGUCCUGGAAGAGGACUCCAUGAACUAUGAGUGGGCUCUGAAGAAGUGGUCCCCCUGCUCCAAACCCUGUGGUGGAGGAUCACAAUUCACCAAGUAUGGUUGCCGCAGGAAGCUAGAUCACAAGAUGGUUCACCGAAGCUUCUGUGAUGCUGUGGAGAAACCCAAAGCUAUUCGCCGCGCUUGCAACCCAGAAGAGUGCUCCCAACCCAUAUGGGUGACAGGCGAGUGGGAGCCAUGUAGCCAGAGCUGUGGGCGGAUGGGCAUGCAAUCCCGCUCCGUGCGUUGCAUCCAACCUCUGCACGACAACACCAACCGCUCUGUGCACACCAAGCACUGCAAUGAUGCCAGACCUGAGGGCCGCCGGGCCUGCAACCGUGAGCUCUGCCCUGGCCGCUGGCGGGCUGGACCCUGGUCCCAGUGCUCAGUGACCUGCGGGAAUGGCACCCAGGAGAGGCCAGUCCUCUGUCGAACCUUAGAUGACAACUUUGGCAACUGCCAAGAAGAGCGGCCAGAGACAGCUCGAAUCUGUAGGCUUGGCCCUUGUCCGCGAAACAUCUCUGACCCUUCCAAGAAAAACUACGUGGUUCAGUGGCUGUCCCGCCCGGAUCCUGAUGCACCCAUUGCCAAGACCUCGUCAAAGGACCGCUGCCAAGGUGACAAGUCAAUGUUUUGUAGAAUGGAAGUCUUGUCUCGAUACUGCUCUAUCCCAGGCUACAACAAGCUCUGCUGCAAGUCCUGUAACCUAUACAACAUCAGCAACAUAGAUAACAGGACAGAGCCACCACCUGGGAAAAACAAUGACAUUGAAGGGCUCAUGCCCACCCUCCCAGUGCCCACAAUAGUCAUGGAUGUUCAGCCUUCAGCAGAUUCCUCCUUGGAAGUCCCACUCAAUGCCUCCAGCACCAAUGCCACUGAGGAUCACCCAGAGACCAAUGCUGUAGAUGUACCCUACAAAAUCCAUGGUCUGGAUGAUGAAGUCCAGCCUCCCAACCUAAUCCCUCGACGACCGAGCCCAUAUGAAAAGACCAGAAACCAACGAAUCCAAAAGUUCAUUGAUGAGAUGCGGAAGAAAGAGCUGCUCGGAAAGUUCUAA